AACUACCACCACAACGACCACCACCACCACUGCGACAACUACAACCACAACGACAACUACAACAACAACGACGACAACUACAACAACAACCACAACCACAACCACAACAGCAACGACCACGGCAAGGUCAAUGCCCUGGCAAGGCUCUGAGCUCUUCAAUGCCUCGACCAACGCCCUCUGCAAGUGUGAUGCCAAGGAUGGAGUCAUUGAGUGCGCAUGCUUCCUUGAUGAUGGCGCGCUCACGACAGCUCGCUUCCCAACUCGCCUCCACGGCAAGAGCCGAGUCCUGCUCGACCCUCUGCAUCUGUUUGCUGCAGUGACGCUAGACGAGGACGGUUCCACAUUCCUGUGGUCACUCCGUGACAGCACUGUCCUAUGUCAGCUGCCCGUUGCGAGCACACGGCUUCUGUCGCUGCAAGGGGAGCUGCUGUUUGGGCUUGAAGUACAGGUGUCAGGGUCGUCUGAGUGGGUUGUGGUGGAUGGCAGCUCGUGCGGUGUGCGGCCAGCAUCGCAACGCGGCGUCAGUGUUGGUGAUCACGAAGUCAUACUGGAACUCGACGCAGCAGUUACCAGCAUCAUGUACAGGGUACCAAAAAGCAGGGGCACGCGGCUGAUGCUCACGGUCGACGCAAUGAUGCGCCACCACGCGUUCUUGCGUGUGAGCUCGGGUGACACGUUCCUUGUCCUCGCAACAGAGGCUGGCGCUCCCUCUGCGGCAACAGCAACAGCAACAGCAACACCAACACCAACACCAACGGCAGGAGAAACAGGAGCAACAGGAGCAACAGCAACAGUCGGAGACACAGGAGCAACAGCAAAUACAGCGGCGACGACAAUUCAGCUUGUGUGGGUGAACGUGACGGACGCAACAGCGGCAGUGAUGACGGCGCAAUCUCAGCAAGUCACUGUUUCAACUACAGCAUCCAAGCUCGUAUGUUGGUCACCUGUGAGUGAAUGUUGGAUGCUGUCGAACGAAGACACGUUUGUCUUCAGACCCGAUGGCACUCUUCACCCUGAGACCCACACACGAAGAAAGUGAUAAAAGUGAUAUUUGCGUGUUGUUGGCGCGGGGGGGGGGGG